UCAACUUCGGUGUGCCUUUUUCUUUCUUAAAUUUAUAGUCAGACUUUGUCAGUUGGCUUCACGGAAUACCACCUCAAACAGAGCACAGCAGCUGAUUUCACCCACUCACUCACUCACUCACUCAACCACUUCUUCUCUCUUUCUGAUACAGUACUCGCUUCGAUUUCCCUCACUCGAAGUUUCAGCUGGCUCACUUUCUCUAGACAAGGGCUUGAGAAAGUUCUGGUAAAACAGAAAGGUGUCCAAGAGAUCACUUCAGUUAUACUUUCUGUAAAAAAAUUGCUAGUGGACGCAGACCACUCGCUGAGUACGGGAUUCUAACUUUUGCUUUUUCUCUCUCGUGGUGAAAAGAAAUUUCCGUGUCUCGCAGUCUCAUGGUGUUUCUUCUGUCAAUAGCGGAGGGAUUUUUAGGGUUCGAUUAUGAGGAUUUGAGCUGCUUGUAGCUCUGACGAGAGGAGCUCAACUGCGUGAGUUUUUGUUUUUAAUUCACUUUUCUUUUUCUCGGUGACGGCCAGCUGCUUUUUUUUCUUACUAUCCGGUCUGUUUGGUUGCUGAGAAUCCUAUACAUUAUAUACCUGUUCGCUUGCUCUGAGCUGGCUAACAUUCCGGCUGUCUACUAGUAGCUUAGCCAAACAGUGUGUGUGUGUGUCACAAAAGACAACCGAUCCGAUCUUCUAUUAUUGCAAGAAUUGGGCUUCAUAUGGAAAUCAGAGCUUAUUUCUGUUUUUUAAGUUCAGUUCGUUGUUAUUUUAGUUUUAGUUUGGGAUCUCUUGUAAUUUCUCUGGCAGAUUAAGAGCAGUAAUUGAUUGUCAUUCAUCUCCCAGGUGAAGCCAUGGCGCAGAGCAGCUGGGAGGCAGAUAAGAUGCUUGACGUGUACAUUCACGAUUACCUGUUGAAGAGAAAAUUGCAUAACUCUGCUAAAGCUUUUAUGACGGAGGGGAAGGUUGCUACAGACCCUGUAGCAAUUGACGCACCUGGAGGCUUUCUGUUUGAAUGGUGGUCUGUGUUUUGGGACAUAUUUAUUGCAAGAACAAAUGAGAAGCAUUCCGAGGCUGCUGCAGCUUAUAUAGAGGCACAACAUGUUAAGGCGAGGGAGCAACAACAGCUACAAUUGCAACAGUUGCACUUAUUGCAGCAGCGGAGUGCACAGAUGCAACGACGGGAUCCUAGUCAUCCAGCUCUCACUGGUUCUACAACCGCUGUGAACUCUGAAGGAUUGAUUGGCCAACCAUCAGCAAGUGUCUUGGCAAUGAAACUAUAUGAAGAACGAAUGAAGCACCCACAUUCUGUGGACUUGGACACAUCACCAACGCUCCUUGAUGCCAACAGAAUGGCCCUUGUAAAAGCUGGAGCUAAUCAUCAAGGCCAACUGGUGCAGGGUAGUACCGGGAAUGUCUCGUCUGCUUUGCAGCAAAUCCAUGCACGAGGUCCACCGACCCCAGACAUCAAAACUGAAGUUAACUUGGGUCCAACUCAGAAAAGUUUACCGAUGGAUCCAUCGUCCAUUUAUGGACAGGCAAUAUUGCACUCUAAAUCUGGACUAGGUGCAGGUGUAAAUCAGGGAGCAAUUGGUCUUCCGUUGAAGGGUUGGCCUUUAACUGGAAUUGACCAACUGCAUCCAAAUUUGGGCAUACAGAUGCAGAAGUCCAAUCUCCAACCAAAAAAUCAAUAUCUCUUGGCAUCACAACAGCAGGUGCUGGCACAGGCUCAAGCUCAGAGUAACUAUGGAAACUCAACUAAUUAUGGUGAUAUUGACCCUCGAAGGUUGAGUCAGAUGGCCCGAGGUAGCUUCAACAUAAAAGAUGGCCAACAAACAAGAAAUGAUGGGCCAAUUUGCUCACCUGUGCAAUCAAGUUCCCCAAGGAUAAAGACGCAGCAGUCUUCCUCUCAACAGCAGGACCAAUUGCAGCACCAGCAACAGCCAGUACAACAGCAAAUACAACAGAACAAUAGGAAAAGAAAACAACACUCUUCUUCUGGACCUGCUAACAGCACUGGUACUGGAAAUACAGUGGGUCCUCCCUGUUCUCCUCCCUCAACUCAUACUCCUGGUGAUGGAAUGGCCACAACGAGUAACUUGCAACAUGUUAACAGCACACCCAAAAGCUUGAUGAUGUAUGGUCAAGACGGAACUGGGGGCCUUUCAUCUUCCAAUAUGCUGGAUGAAAUAGAAAAAUUUGGAGAUAUUGCUUCUCUAGAUGAUAAUAUAGAACAGCUCCUGAAUGGAGAUGGAAGAGAUCUAUAUGGAGCUAUGAGACAGACCCCGGCGGAGCAUCAAAAAGAUUCUUCUAAAGGAUUUACUUUCGGAGAGGUUGGUUGCAUACGGACUAGAAAUAGCAAGGUCACUUGUUGUCACUUCUCAUCAGAUGGUAAAUUGCUAGCAAGUGCUGGUCAUGAUAAAAAGGUUGUCCUCUGGAAUAUGGAUACCCUGAAAACUCAGAUCACUCCUGAGGAGCACAAAUUGAUCAUUACCGACAUCAGGUUUAGGCCCAAUUCAUCUCAGUUGGCAACUUCAUCAGUUGACAAAUCUGUACGGUUGUGGGAUGCUUCUGAUCCAAGCUACUGCCUGCAUGCCUGUACUGGGCACAGCUCACCCAUCAUGUCCCUUGACUUCCAUCCUAAGAAAACAGAUCUUUUCUGUUUUAGUGAUAAUGAUAACGAGAUUCACUAUUGGAAUAUCAGUCCUUUCUCAUGCACUCGUAUUUCCAAGGGAGGUAAUGCGCAAGUGCGAUUUCAACCAGGAAUGGGUCAGCUGCUGGCCGCUGCAUCAGAUAAAAUAGUGUCCAUCUUUGACGUAGAAACAGAUAGGCAAACACAUGCGUUUCAGGGUCAUGAUGAAAUGGUAAACUACAUUUGUUGGGAUGCAAGUGGAGGGCUGCUCGCAUCCGUGAGCCAAAACUUGGUGAAAAUUUGGUCACUUGCCACAGGGGACUGUGUUCAGGAGUUUAAUUCCAAUGGGAACCAGCUCCAUUCCUGCGUGUUCCAUCCCAAUUACUCAUCUCUCUUGGUUAUUGGAGGGAUCUCCUCACUAGAGCUAUGGAAUAUGGCGGAGAAUAAGAGCAUGACGAUUCCGGCUCACGACAACAUCGUCUCAGCGGUGGCGCAGUCUUCCGCCACCGGAAUGGUGGCCUCUGCCAGUCACGACUGCUCAGUGAAGCUCUGGAAAUAAGGAUCUCCUCAACUCUUUUUAUUUGGGUAUAUAUAUAUUAUCUCUAAUUUCGGUGUCUAUAUGUAGAAUGUAUAUGAGGUGUAUGGUCACUGGUCAGUGUAUUGAUUGCAAGUUGUUAAUUCCCCGGCUUGAUCUCGUUCAGUUAAAACGAUGGUGAGCAAUAUAGAAUCUUAAGGUCA